AGAAGAAGACCGGAAGCGGAAGUACUUCAGCGUGUGUGAAAUGCAGUAUGUCAGUGAGGGUCGCUAACCAAAUAACUAUGUUUUCUGUGAAUGCUCUGCGUAGAAUACGACACUGUGUUGUCGCUCAGUCCCUCAGUAAGGCUCACUUUACGGCAGCCCGACAUGCUGCCCCGUUUAACGGAGUGAGCAGGAACCAGCUCGAUGCUGACACAAGGUCCUUCAUCAACCUGAACAGCAAGGUGCAGUCCAACUGUCCCUCCACCCGAUGUUUCUCCACCGCGACCCCCUCCGAGGAUGGGAACCUCAUUUACUCCGGCAGCCUGGGUAAUGCUGUUCGAGGGGUGAAACUGUUUUCUUAUAGCACCAGCGGGACCAGCCUCUUUCUAGUGCCCCACACCCUCCUGAAGACCGGACUAGUGGUCCAGAGCUUUGCAUUGAAAGCCACUUUCUGUGGGGUCAUUGGAUUCUUCACCUUCCUCACCCCUGUCCUCCUCCACCUCAUCACCAAGGGCUACGUGGUCCGGAUGUACCACAACCCUGACAGAGACACCUACACAGCCAUCACCUACAGUGUCUUCCUCACAGAAAAAAAGAAUGUGUUCCACCAGAGGCAGGUUAGGAUCCCAGCUAUAAGCAAGAUGUUCACCACCUUCUAUGCUGACAAAAUGGGGCUACUGGUAAACCCGGACAUGUUCCCAGUUCCACAUGACUACAACCACCUGAUGGGCUACGAUAAGCCCUUCAGCUUUGACUCAGACCAAAUAGAUAAACCUGAUGAGAGCUGAACUGCCAACAGUUUGAAUGUGGUGUUGGUAUAUGAAUUAUAUCCACAACUCCAAACUCAACCGUGCAUACAUUCACAUUUCAAACCAGGGUGAAACAUGCACGGGGCACUUAGCAAUGAUUUCUCAAAACAGAUUUCCAGAUCUUUGUGUCAAUAUUUUGUUGGAUAUUUCAU